AUGUCAGGCAUCGCUUUUGCUAUUCAAUUCUUCCUGCUGGCCAGUUUCUUGUGGUUGCACGUGAUGUGUCUCGAUGCUUUCUGGGGAGUCUUGGAGGCAACUGGAUGCAGUCCUGUUCCGUAUCCCAGAGCAAAGAAAUGGUUUUGGGAUGAAAGGAAAAGACAAUGGGUGGCAGGACUGAAUAUGAAUGAAAUUGAUGAUGCAGCGGAAGAAGAACGCAAACGCAGAGAUAAAACGGUUGAAAGACGUGUUUUUGUAGGCUAUUCUUUGUACGUUUGGAUUCUGACUAUCUUACCAGUCCUAGUAGUUGUAUCACGUGGUCUUAGUCCAACAAUUCCUGCAACAUAUCUGGAUCAAAAUAUGAAAGAACACUGUGAACUACAUGAGGACAUUACAAAAGAGUCGUUCCUGUACUUCUAUCCGUUUACUGCCAUGGUCAUUAUAUUGAAUGUAUUGAUUUUCAUCUGCAUUCUCAUUAAAGCAGUACCUUUCAAUUGGAAUCUCUCUGGACCACAACGAGUUCCUAAGCAAAAGGCUCGAAUGUGCUUCCUGUUGUUCGUUCUGAUGUCGUCCAACUGGAUUAUCGACCUGAUUUCCUGGGCCUUAGGUGGCAAACAAUUUGUGUGGGUCAUGCUGCACGCCUUUUACAUAUUGCAAGGAUUGAUCACAUUCCUCAUUUUUGUCUUGGAAGACCGCGUGAAAGACAGAAUCGUACACAAGCUAUGGCCAGGAGUUCGAAGAAUAAGUUCAAGGUACGGGUGCUGUUGUCAUCAAAGUAGUCAAGAAGAUGAAUCAAUAGCACUUCGUUCAGUCACCUUACCAAGCAAUUCACAACCAUUUGGAUGGGUUCAAAACAAUCAGUAAGAUGAGAUGAUGAAAAUGAAUUUCAUGAAGAGUGGUGUUGAACUAUUCACAGUAUUCAUCAGAACUAUGAGAGUGUAAAGAGAGGGCUUCCACAAGACUGAGACUGCUUUUGUACUUUUAAUGUAAAUAAUUAGUUGUAAUCUAUUUAUUUUUUAACAAUGUUAAAACUGUUCAUAACUUAUCAGCUAUCCAUUCAUAUUGGUUUAGUUUGCAAAUAAAAGGUAUUCUUCUCAGUACUUUUAAUCACAUUUUGUUAUUAAAUGUAAAAAUGAUAAAUUACUUAUUGUAAUUACAUAAAAAGACUGAUUAUGAGAGCUUAAGAUAUGCACUUGUACAUAUCAUUUAUAAUUAUUUUUGUAGGUUUAAAAAUGAUUUUUACUUUGCUUUCAGCUCACUCACAUUAUAAAAGAGAUGAAUAGAAUUUGUGUGUGAAUAUUUUUGUCAUUUUGCAUACCUUCACUGUAACACAGUAUAAAAGUAUUAAAGAUUUAUAUAUUAUGUGAGAUAAAGGAUAGACCACAAACCUAGGCCUCACAAUCUACAAACAAGGAGGGCAACAUUUUGUACUCCACUCAUCUUUAGGCUACUAUUGAAGUAUUAUUUUAUUUAAAUUCAAAAUAUUUGUUGUGCGUAUUAAAUAAAUGAUUAUGCAAAACUACUUCCAUCUGUGAUAUACUUAAUUUCUUUGUUUGUGGUGGCAUUAUUAUGGAUAAGGUCAAAUAAUGUCAAAAUCCAGCCAAACACUAAAAUGUUACAAUGUGAUCACACUGAUAUCAGAACAGAUGUUGAGAACACAGGAGAUAAAAUUAUUAAGUAGUACCACUUUUUGGAGUUGUAUGAAAUUGUUUGAUACCCUUCAGAGGAUAAUCACAAAAUUUCAGGUUUGUUUGGCACAAAAGCUUUAGGUAUAUUAGGUCAUUACAGAUUACAAACUGAAUUUUUACAGACAUAGCUUUCGACUUUCUAUAGUGUAGGCAUUCUAUUUAUUUAAUUCAUUUAUGAUUCUUGAGAGUGUAGGGACUCAUAACAAAAUCCCUGGGGAACUAUCUAUGUUGCUUUGUGAACAGAUCUAUGGUUCCUAUUUGCAUUUUAUUCAAUCUCAUUUGUUUUCUCUAUUAUAGUAUUGGAUGGUGGAAAACUGCUUUUCAAUACUUCUGGAUACUGUUUAUUUUUCAGAAUCUCUUGGAAAUGUGAUUCCAAAAUGUUGUCUAUCGCGAGAAAAUUUCCGUUUUUAAUGCAUUUAUCAUUUAUCUAAUGGAUUUUUAUUUGUGAAAAUUUUAGAAAAGUAACUUCUCAUAAAAGCGCUUUUUUCUUGUAUGUAUGUAUAUAUGGAAAAAUAAUGUAGCGGGUACUGCUUGAUGGUGAUUUCUAUG